CAUCCAAAUUAUUCUGACCCAAAUUUAAAAAGCAAAAGAAAAGCAAAAACAAGUUUUAUUUAGAUUUGAGUUGUUUAUCUAAAUCCAAAUAAUUUGACAAAGAAAAAAAAGAUCUAAACCAAAAUUCAUUUAUAUUAUACUCAACUGUAUACUAUAAUAACAUAUCUAUUUUACUAAAAGAGGAAUAUUAUAUAGAAAUUAUCUUAGACUUAGCCUGACUUCGGAUCACACUCUUCGGUAUUUAUGUUCAAAAUAGAUUUUCUAUAAAAUACUUAGCCAAGCCUAAUAUAUAUAUAAAGUAAAGAGAAUUUUAAAAACCCAUAUCAAUAUAUCAUUUUAUCGUCUAGUUUUAUCAUAAGUAUAUGUUUGAAAUGCUUUAGGUAUUUAUCUUAUUAUCUGCAGUUUAGUUAUUAUUACAUAACAAAGACCAUACGUUUUGGUUAUGUUAGAAAACACUUAGUUCGGUACAUGGUGUGAACGCAUUUACCUGGUGAGGAACACACAUGCGUUUAAGUUGUAUAGUGGAAUGUUCUUCAGAAGCCAAUGAGUGCAGUAGGUAAAUUCGUUUAAGUUGUAUAGUGGAAUGUUCUUCAGAAGCCGAUCGUGAAAAUUUUCGAUCCUUAUAAGAAAUUGAUAGUAAUAUACGUUUCGCGCAGUAGGUAAAAACCUAAUAGUGUAAUAAAUUUGAUAGAUAAAAUAAUAUAUAAUCGGGAUCUACGCACUGGCAAACCUUGAUUAUACGUAUAGAUAACAGUUAUAUAUUCGGGGAGUAUUUUAUAGUUAAUAAAAUAUAAAUAACACCUGAAAUUUUAAAAUUCAAGGCUAAUAUAUAUACAUAUAUUCUAAUUUUUUAUUUCGAUCCGACACUAAUAGUAUUUAUGACGAUUUCCUAGUUAUACGGCUGUAUUCGAGGAUUGAGAAUAUGAGUGUCAUCAUUUCUGUAGAGUUUUUUAGCUUAUAUAUUCUUAAAAUAGUUACAUGUUUCAUGUUUGUAUGUGUUUCGAAAAAAAGGUUACGUGUUUAUAUAUAUAUAUAUAUAUAUAUAUGAGUAGAUUUACAAAAUUAGAACAGAGCUCCAAAUUUUACGGUAAUUAGUUUCUUAAUCUCAAUUUGUUUAAUUAGAUUUUCUAACUGAUCUGCAAACGAAGAUAAUAUAUAUAACGAAAUUCGAGAUCUAACCGUGAUUAUCAUGAUAGUAAUUGGGUAAGAUAAUUAAUUCAUUUGAAAAUGUUAAACAGCGUAUUAGUUGGUUUUAUAGUUGUCUAUAUGUAUGAAUAAGCUGUAUCUUAAUAGCAUAUAAAUGAAGUGGAAAAUGUAUGUACAUAUAUGUCAAAGAUCCAUGUGGUAUUUAAUAUUUUAAAUUUCCCAAGUGUGUCCUAUACAUAUUAAAUAAAAAGUGUCCUAUACAUAUUAAAUAAAAAAACCUCAGCAUACGCCCUAAAGGCUAAAGCUUAAAAAUGAUAUAAGGGUGGUCCUAUACAAACCUCUCAUGAACUGAUCUCUUCAUCAUUCUUCUUCUUCCCGUUAAAUUCUCCCUCCCAAUAAAACUUCAAGAUCUUGUGUACUUAUUAUUGACAUCCAAACAAGUUCUUGAUCUAAAUUGCGAAGUUUGAUUAGCUCACAAUUAAUAAGUAGAGUUAAUCAUAUCAUUGGUCGGAUUCGAGCUUGUGCAUAUACAUAUAUAUGUAUAUGUAUGAGGAGGAAAGGAACAAUAUUGUUAAUAAUCAAGAAGAACUGAGAUUGGAGAUGGCCUUUCCACAGCAUGGAUUCAUGUUUCAGCAACUCCAUGAAGAAAAUGCUCAUCACUUACCUUCCCCUACCUCUCUCCCUUCUUGCCCUCCUCACCUCUUCUACGGAGGAGGAGGAGACUACAUGAUGAACAGAUCAAUGUCCUUUACGGGAGUAUCAGAUCACCAUCAUCUAACUCAGAAAAGCCCGACCACGACGAACAUGAAUGAUCAUGACCAGUUGGGCGAGGAGGACAACCUUUCAGAUGAUGGGUCCCAUAUGAUGUUGGGAGAGAAGAAGAAGAGGCUGAAUUUAGAGCAAGUUAGGGCAUUAGAGAAGAGCUUCGAGCUAGGGAACAAGCUGGAGCCAGAGAGGAAGAUGCAGCUUGCUAAGGCUUUAGGAUUGCAGCCUAGGCAGAUUGCUAUAUGGUUUCAGAACAGGAGAGCUAGGUGGAAGACAAAGCAGCUCGAGAGAGACUAUGAUUCUCUCAAGAAACAGUUCGAUGUUUUGAAGUCGGACAAUGAUUCUCUUCUAGCCCACAACAAGAAACUCCACGCUGAGUUAGUGGCCUUGAAGAAACAAGACCGUAAAGAACCAUCAAAGAUCAAGAGAGAAUUAGCAGAAGCUUCAUGGAGCAACAAUGAAGGCACAGAUAAUAAUAAUAAUAAUAAUUCAGAUAUAAAUCAUGUGAACAUGAUCAAAGAUCUUUUCCCUUCUUCUGUCCGAUCCGCGACUACGACCACGACCUCGUCACAUAUUGAUCAUCAGAUGGUUCAAGAUCAAGGAUUUUGCAAUAUGUUCAAUGGUAUUGAUGAGACGACGUCAGCUGGUUAUUGGGCAUGGUCUGACCAGCAGCAGCAACAUCAGAGUCAUCAUCAGUUCAAUUGAGUAUAUUGUCCAAGAAGAUCAUCGAUCAUAAUCCUGAUCAACAGCAUCAUCAUACUCAUCUGAUAUCAUUGUCAUCAAAAGAAAAUUUCGUAGAUUUUUUAAUUGAGUUUUUUUUUUUAUUAUUUGGUACUGUUUGAAUCGUUUUUUUCUGUUUGUUAUGGGUUUGUAGAAAAUUGGUGUAUAGGGAAUAUUCAACAAUUUUAAUAGAAUGAUAUUUUCUUGUUACGUUUCA